UCUCACCCACCCCCAAACGCAACCCAUCCAUCGUCAAACCCUAUCUCUCUCUCCCUUUUUCGCCCCCUGCAAUUCUAUUUCAUUCUCUCUUCCUCCCGUGUUCCCAAACCCUAAAAUAACCCCCAAAAUUUUCACAUGAAAUCAAAACCCCAAAUUCUGGUUGGGGUUUCAUCCUCCUCAGCAUACACAUACGUCCUCUGAUGAAUCCUCUCCUCAAACCCUAGCCUCGAUUCUUCCCCUUUUCGUGUUUCGAUCUCAUAUCCAGAGAGAGCGAUUAAUAGGCCAUGGAGGGCUCUGUGGCGGACGAUCUCGGGGCCCCGGAGUCAUGGGAGGUCGCCGGCGUCGACGAGGCUAUGAGCCGCCUCAUGCUCUCCUCCAACAAGGAUCCCAAGCCUUCCCAGCAGGACCUCAUCAACGACGCGUCGUCUCUGGUUUCCUCUGCUUCUGAUGAUAAGCUCUCUGAGGACGCCCUCAAUCAGGUCGACCAGUUCCUUCGGGAGGCUCUGCAAAACCCUCGGGAGCGCCUUUCAAUUUUACGAAUGGAGCAAGAUGUCGAGAAGUUUAUCCGUGAUCCUAUUCAGCAGCAACUAGAGUUUCAGCAGUUGCCCACUUCCUAUUUACGCUUGGCUGCACACCGUGUAGCUCAGCAUUAUGCACUUCAGUCUAUGGUUUUGUUAGAUAAUAACUUACCUGAUGGUUCUGGUUCCAGAAUUAUUGUUCGUAAAACUCCCGAGUGUCGACUUCCUUUGAUUCGGCUUGCAGACAUCCCUGUUAGUUUGCCGUCUGAAGAAAGUGGUGUCACUAAAGUUGCAAUAAAACAGAGGCCACAGAAACGGUCACAAAUGGCUAACAGUGAUGGCUCAAAUUCAUCAAAGGGAAACAGUUCCAAAAGUGUGGAGGAGAGGAAAGAGGAGUAUAACAGGGCCCGUGCGCGAAUAUUUAAUGCUGCUGCUAAUAUUUGUGGUAGUACAAGCGGGAAAUUAGAAAGUGAACCAAAACAACAGGACACUACACAACAUGUUCCCCUGGUGAUGCCAAAAGUGGAAGAUAAAUCAAAUGUUUCUGAUUUACAUUCUAGUAGAGGUUUAAUCGAUUGUUCAACAAGUAGCAGUAGAUCAUCUUCUAGAAGUAGGACAGAGAAGGAGCCAGUGGGGAGGUACAAACCAAAUAAUAGGGUGGCCAUAUUUAGGGACCGUGAGAUUGACAGGAAGGAUCCAGAUUAUGACAGAAGUUAUGACAGGUACAUGCAAAGAUUCGAUCCCGGUUUCGGAUUCAGUGGUGGACCUUACACCAUCCAGCCCAUGUAUACUCCUGCAUUGAACUAUAACACCGAAUUCCCUCAACUUGGUUCUACUCAUGGGCCUCAGAUUUCUACUGAACAUCAACCUCGCCCACUUCCACAACACUUACCUGGGCCCUGGGUUGCACCGUCGCCCCCUGGUGGUAUUGGUUAUGGUCAUCCAGAAACCAUAAUGACACCGUUUAAUCCUAAUCAUGUUGGUGUACGCUCCACGUCUGGAAUAUAUCUGCCAUCCUCUCAGUAUCCUUGUCAGCGGCCUGGAAUGCCUUUUAUGCAUCCUCAUGAACAUGUUCACCAACAUUUUUCACAGUCUCAUCAACAGCAGCCUGAUGCAAGUUUUGGGUUAGCCCGGCCCCGGUGAGGGGCAGGGGCCAUGCCUGCACCCUGCAUGCAUGAAUUUGAGCUUCAAGUACAAUUGGCUUCCAGAGCCAGUACAUGUUUUCAUUGGCAGGAGUGCAGGCAUGGAGAACCAAGGUGGGCUUGAGAUGGAUCAAUUCAAAGGACACCCACAAUAUCCAUUCCCCCCAAUCCUUGGUUUCAUCGGAAGCUUCAUCCAUCUAUGAUAGAAUGGUGAGGAAGCUCCCAUUGGUUUGGCAAUCUAUGACAAUGAUGAUGACGACAAUGAUGAUGAAGAGAUUUAACAGAGCUUGAAAAGUUUGUGCUCUGCUUGGAUGAAGGUAUGCUCCUUGAAACCCUCAAUAAGAUACGCACAGUGCAUUGCAUUAGCUUAGUCCAUUCUAGAAGGGACUUGUGGACUUCAUGGAUUUGGUUCACACGUAGGGGUCGAAUUCUGAAUGGGCAUAGGGAAAGUCUGCAGUACAUUACGUACAUUGCACCUGGUAGUGGUAGACCAUGCUGUGGUAUCAACUUUGUACAUUUGUAGGUUAGCUGCUUCCCUCUAUUGAAUUGCAUGUACCAUUGGAUUGAGCUGGUCUACCACUACUGGAAGUUAUAUAUAUAGACAAAUCAG